CUGGGGCCCACCGCCGCCGGGAGACCCCGCCCGGACCUGCCAAGAAAGGAGUGUCAUGAAAAAGGAACAGAAAAGAGACGUCCCUGUUGCUGAAAGGGGAAUUUUCUUUCCCAGUUGGUGGUUACUUCAUGAUUGGAAGAGAAGUACCUAGGUGGCUGAAGAGAUUAGAUUCUUGUAGUUGUUACAGAUGAAGCUGAUAAAAGAAGACGGGAAAAUGCUUUCUCUGGGUCGUAAUAGGCUGAUGAGUAAGUAAGCCUGAAAGGGACAGAUCUGAAAUGAGGACAGGAGUUUUGAAAGUUUUAAAACCAAGUGGGACUUUGAGCACUUGUUGAGGAUGUUUUUCUCCCAAAAAUGGAGGAGAAAAAAUUCUCAAAGCAAGAAGUGUCAGAAGCUGAGAGGAGGAAUACAACCCAGUCCGCUCCAAGAAUUUCAGUACUUCCUCAGCUUCCUUUUGCACACAGAGGCAACGCAUCAGACCUGUGUGAUGACCUUAUCACCAGUGAUGUUGCUGAUGCCAGAAAUGACUUCUUAAUUUAGAUUUUGGAUAGUUCUUUCUCUUUCUUUGCUUUUUUUUUUUUUUAACCGUGUGUGUUUUUUGACUCUUCAUGUUAGGUAGAUUUAUGUCAACAAAGUGAAUCAUGAAUUCAUAGUAUGUUUGACUAUCUCCCCCCAUUUGCUGUAUGAUACGGGGAAAUUAGAGGUUUUAACACUUCUUGAAGUUUUACUGGAAGUAAGAUUGUGUCAGGGACACAGACCACAGUGUAAGUUUUCUCUUUUUGGCAACUGGACUUGUUUUGAAUGAGACAAAUGUCAGCCGGAUUUCACAGCAUACACGAUUCACAGUCUUUGUUUUAUCAAGGCCUUAAAUGUAUGUUUUAUUCUCAGCAGAUGGGAAACACAUUGAACACUGUGUCUGACACGUAUGCCUGAGGAAAGGAACUCCCCAAUGGAUCAUGGCGUUAGUGUUUACAGGACAUUUCUUACUUUUAGCAUUAGUGAUGUUUGCUUUCUCUACUUUUGAGGAGUCUGUGAGCAAUUACUCCGACUGGGCAGUUUUCACAGAUGACAUCGAUCAGUUUAAGACACAGAAAGUCCAAGAUACGAGGCCCAACCAAAAGCUGAAGAAAAGUAUGCUUCAUCCACGUUUGUAUUUCGAUGCUGGAGAAAUCCAGGCAAUGAGACAGAAGUCUCGCACAAGCCAUCUGCAUCUUUUCAGAGCUAUUAGAAGUGCGGUGACAGUUAUGCUGUCCAACCCGACAUACUACCUACCUCCCCCCAAGCACGCUGACUUUGCUGCCAAGUGGAAUGAAAUUUACGGUAACAAUCUGCCUCCUUUAGCACUGUACUGUUUGUUAUGCCCGGAAGACAAAGUUGCCUAUGAGUUUGUCUUGCAGUAUAUGGACAGGAUGGUUGGCUACAGAGACUGGCUGGUUGAGAACGCACCAGGCGAUGAGGUUCCGGUGGGCCAUUCCUUGACAGGUUUUGCCACUGCCUUUGACUUUUUAUAUAACUUACUAGAUGACCACCGGAGACAGAAAUACCUAGAAAAAAUAUGGGUCAUUACGGAGGAAAUGUAUGAGUAUUCCAAGGUCCGCGCCUGGGGCAAACAGCUUCUUCAUAACCACCAAGCUACUAACAUGGUAGCAUUACUUACCGGGGCCUUGGUGACUGGGGUAGAUAAAGGAUCUAAAGUAAAUAUAUGGAAACAGGUUGUAGUAGAUGUGAUGGAAAAGACGAUGUUUCUGUUGAAUCAUAUUGUUGAUGGUUCUCUGGAUGAAGGUGUGGCCUAUGGCAGCUACACAGCUAAAUCGGUCACACAGUAUGUUUAUCUGGCCCAGCGCCAUUUUAACAUCAAUAACUUGGAUAACAACUGGUUAAAGAUGCACUUUUGGUUCUAUUAUGCCACCCUUUUACCAGGCUUCCAAAGAACUGUGGGUAUAGCAGACUCCAAUUAUAACUGGUUUUAUGGUCCAGAGAGCCAGUUAGUUUUUUUGGAUAAAUUCAUCUUAAAGAAUGGGGCUGGAAAUUGGUUAGCUCAACAAAUCAGAAGGCACCGACCUAAAGAUGGACCAAUGGUCCCCUCUACUGCCCAGAGGUGGAGUACUCUGCACACUGAAUACAUCUGGUACGACCCCCAGCUCACCCCACAGCCUCCUGCGGAAUACGGCACCGCAAAGAUGCACACGUUCCCUAACUGGGGUGUUGUUACUUACGGGGCUGGGCUGCCAAACACACAGACCAAUACCUUUGUGUCUUUUAAGUCUGGGAAGCUCGGAGGGCGAGCUGUGUAUGACAUAGUUCACUUCCAGCCAUACUCCUGGAUUGACGGGUGGAGAAGCUUUAACCCAGGACAUGAACAUCCAGAUCAGAACUCAUUUACCUUUGCCCCCAACGGGCAGGUAUUUGUCUCCGAAGCUCUCUACGGACCCAAGCUGAGCCACCUUAACAACGUCCUGGUGUUCGCUCCAUCACCCACGAGCCAGUGUAAUCAGCCCUGGGAAGGCCAGCUGGGGGAGUGUGCACAGUGGCUCAGGUGGACCGGGGAGGAGGCUGGUGAUGCGGCAGGGGAGAUCAUCACUGCCUCCCAGCAUGGGGAGAUGGUGUUUGUGAGUGGGGAAGCCGCGUCUGCUUACUCCUCGGCAAUGAAGCUGAAGAGCGUAUAUCGUGCUUUGCUUCUCUUAAAUUCUCAAACUCUGCUAGUCGUUGAUCACGUCUCGAGGCAAGACGAUUCCCCGAUAAAAUCUGUCAGUGCCUUCUUUCAUAAUCUGGAUAUUGACUUUAAGUACAUCCCAUAUAGGUUCAUGAACAGGUAUAAUGGCGCCAUGAUGGACGUGUGGGACGCACACUACAAGAUGUUUUGGUUUGAUCACCGUGGCGGCAGCCCCGUUGCUAGUAUACAGGAAGCAGAGCAAGCUGCUGAAUUUAAGAAACGGUGGACUCAAUUUGUUAAUGUUACGUUUCAGAUGGAAUCCACAAUCACAAGAAUUGCCUAUGUCUUUUAUGGGCCGUAUGUCAAUGUUUCCAGUUGCAGAUUUAUUGAUAAUUCUAAUUCGGGACUUCAGAUUUCUCUCAAUGUCAAUAAUACCGAGCAUGUUGUUUCCAUUGUAACUGACUACCACAACUUGAAGGCCAGGUUCGAUUACCUGGGAUUUGGCGGCUUUGCCAGUGUGGCAGAUCAGAUCCAAGUAACCCGAUUUGGUUUGGGCACUCAAGCAAUAGUAAAGCCCGUAAGACGAGACAGAGUUAUUUUCCCCUUUGGAUUUAAAUUUAAUGUAGCAGUUGGGUUGAUUCUGUGCAUCAGCUUGGUGAUCUUAACGUUUCAGUGGCGAUUUUACCUUUCUUUUAGAAAGCUAAUGCGGUGGAUCCUGAUACUUGUUGUUGCCUUGUGGUUUGUUGAGCUGCUGGAUGUGUGGAGCGCCUGCACACAGCCCAUCUGUGCGACAUGGGCAAGGACGGGGGCCGAGGCCAGCGCCAAGCCUCCGUCUCCCGAGGGCUACCACGUCCACCUUCCCGACAUCGUCAUUACCUCACUUCCUGGUUCGGGAGCCGAAAUUCUCAAACAACUUUUCUUCAACAGUAGUGAUUUCCUCUACAUCCGGGUUCCCACGGCCUACAUUGACAUCCCCGAAACGGAGUUUGAAAUCGACUCCUUUGUAGACGCCUGUGAAUGGAAGGUGUCAGAUGUCCACAGUGUGCAUUUCCGUUUACUCCGAGGCUGGUUGCAGUCCUUGGUCCAAGACACAAAACUCCAUUUGCAAAACAUCCAUCUGCAUGAACCCAGUAGGGGUAAACUGGCCCAAUAUUUUGCCACGAAUAAGGACAAGAAAAGGAAAUUGAAAAGGAGAGAGUCUUUGCCAGAACAAAGAAGUAGAAUGAAAGGCGCCUUUGACAGAGACGCUGAAUACAUCCGGGCCCUGAGGAGACACCUGGUCUCUCACCCCAGCGCACGGCCCGUGCUCAGCUUAAGCAGCGGAAGCUGGACCUUAAAGCUGCAUUUCUUUCAAGAGGUUUUAGGAGCUUCGAUGAGGGCCUUGUAUGUAGUGAGGGACCCACGCGCAUGGAUUUAUUUGAUGCUGUACAGCAGUAAACCAAGUCUUUACUCUUUAAAGAAUGUACCAGAGCAUUUAGCUAAACUGUUUAGAAUAGAGGGAGGUAAAGGCCAGUGCAGCUUAAAUUCAGGCUAUGCUUUCGAGUAUGAAUCGUUGAGGAAAGAAUUAUCAAAACCCAAGCCCCACGCAGUGUCCCUGCUGGCUCACCUGUGGCGUGCGAACACUGCGGCGGCCCUGAGGAUAAACACAGACCUGCUGCCCACCAGCUACCGGCUGAUCAAGUUUGAGGAUAUUGUGCAUUUUCCUCAGAAAACCACGGAAAGGAUUUUUGCUUUUCUUGGAAUCCCUUUGUCUCCCGCUAGUUUAAACCAAAUAUUGUUUGCCACCUCCACGAACCUUUUCUAUCUUCCCUAUGAAGGGGAGAUAUCACCAACUAAUACUAAUGUCUGGAGACAGAACUUGCCUCGAGAUGAAAUUAAACUGAUUGAAAACAUCUGCUGGACCCUGAUGGCUCGUCUAGGAUAUCCAAAGUUUACGGACUGAAUGCUGCAGGUCAGCAGAAGUUUGCACUAAUCCUUUCCAACCCACUUUGUGGAUAUGAAUUAGAAGAGUCUGUUUAUUCUUGUACUGUGUGCCUGUGCGUGUGCGCGCGCGCGUGUGUGAUCAGUUUGUUACUUGCACAGAGAGAUUAUUUUAAAAAUAGGCACCAUAUUUGGCCUAGCAGGAUUUAUUUUUAUGUCACCACUUCCCUUGCCUUUGUUUCUGAAUUUUUUUCUGCUAAAACGUUUCUGCCGCAGAGGGUGUCGGUGAAGUUCUGUUAUGGUGGUCAGGGGAGAUGGGAAGAUUUCAAAGGUUUUUGUCUAACUCCCUCCUUCAUCUAUAACUGUGCUGUUCUGUCCUGGAACCUCACACACUGCUAAAGGCCUGGCAGCCACUGCUUUACCCAAGCAUCUCUUGGACUACAGAAGUUCCUUAUCUUUUUUAAAAAAUGUCCUAACACAUUUAUCUUGCACACACACAGACAUACACACACACACACACACACAAAAUCCUUUUCCUGUAGUGUGUUCAGUGAUAUCACUGGGGAAAUGGUGGAAGCUCCUAUCAGAAUGAUAGGAUCCCUUCUGGAAAAUAUAGAGGGAAGUACAGGAUGGGUUUUUGGUUUUUUUUUGAGGUCAGAAACAGUGACCUGAAAAUCCUCCUUAAAGUUUUUACUUAGAAGUAAUAAGGAAUCAGUCUCGGAAGACUGGGUGCUGAGUCCUGGUACAGUGUUUCAGACCUGCUGGUCUAUUUUGUUUGUCUCCUGAAAGCUGCACUGUGCACCCCCAUACUCGCAUCAUGCUCACACACUCCCACCCUGUCCUGUCUGUCGCUGUCAUGCACAACAGUCACUAUUACUAACAGCUAACCCCCCGAUAUUCACGGAGAUUUUUUUUUUCUGUCCUGAUGAUUGAUUUCGCAUGAGAGCCUGACACAGCCUUAGAGUUAGAUGUCUUGUGGAAUUACGACUGUGUGACUCGAAGAAAGCCGUGCCCCUGCUGCCAGUGUUUUUUUAGCCUGGAAACAGAAUUGGAAAACUGCCUGACUUAUCUCGCAUCCCUCUGAAUGAGUCUACAGACUGCCAGUGUCUGCAAAAGUUGAAGGCGGAUGGGCGAUGAUGUCAGAGGCAUCUGUUUCCUUUGCCAUCUGCAUCUUAUUAUACAUGGAGUCGUCAUGAAAUGUGGUUCAUUUUAUUUUGGUCGGCUCUGAAAUCAAAAUGCUGUGCCAUUAGAUGCUGGAGUAAUUACAACGUACUGGAUGCAAACCAUUAGGCAGUGCGGAGACUUGAUGAAAAUCUCUGUGCAGAUUGCAGUCUUAUUCCUGAUGUUUUAAACUGUCCCCCGCUCCCCCCGCCUCCCAGGCUCUAACACUUGGGAGUCUGCCAUUCUGACCUGGAUAGAAGUGGUUCUUUCUCAGUAGUUUGUUAUUAUGUCAAGAUGUGACUCCAGAGUGAUAAAGCUGUGGAUAUGUUACAUUCCAGGUAGAGCCAACUGGGCUGUCAUGUUUCUUCCAUUCCAGCGUGAAAGCAGACCGCCCUCCCCACCCCCAGCCCCCGUAUCCGAGUCCUUGCGCGACUCUCCCUGCCUUGUCUCCACAGUGUCAGGACGGAUGAAGAGCACACGGCACUAACGCAGGCCGAGAGGGCGAGGGAAGACCUGAACCCAUGCUCUCGUUCUCGGGGAAGAUUAUUCCUCCCACCUCCGGGGGACGAGCACGUGCCAUCGCUGCAUGGACGAGGGUUAGGGCGCUAUUUCCAUGACUGGUCGAAGUCUUGGUGUUUGCUUUCAGUUCCCAGGAUGUGAGAUCAUGAACCAGAUCAAAUCAAAUGGCUUCAGGUUGGCAGUAAUGUUAGGUCCGGUGAAGGUUAAGAAUUGCAAAAGUGUGCAGGUAACAGCAGAGAAAGCAGAAGCGGUACCACUGCCUUCCCUUCAGCUUUGUACAGAAACACACCCCCAGGCAGAGGAGAGCCAGGCUGAGUAUGUGGGGGAAUCGGGGUGGAGUUGGGGAGAUGGGGAAAAGAGAAACGAAAGAGCAGUGCUGGGAGGGAAUGUGGGGACGAUGUGGGAAUAUGUUCUUCAUAGUGCAAGAAAGGGACAGGCUUAACACGGUGAUGGGCUCCACACCCUUCACCACACAGCAAUGAACUUCCUUGUCUGCCCACCCACUCCCACCCCAUGGGGAAGUGUGCCGGAGGAAGAGACUUCUGUCUGCAGAUUCUGUUUCUGAGGGAUGCCGUGCGUGGGUGAGGGGUGGCCCAGCCACUGGAUAUGUGUGCACUUGCUCACGCUUGGGACCCCCGCCUCAUAGUCUCAAUACCUAAGGUGACAGACCGACUCUCAGAACACCCGGGUCCUACACGCCUAGGCGGUGAUCUAGGAAAAAUGUGAAUAGACUCUACACUUACUUUUAUUCUUAUCAUCUUGAAAGUAAAUAAGACAAUGAUUAUCACUAUGCAGCACUUUCAAUGGAAACACUUAUAAAAUGUCUUUUCCAUAAAAAUCAAUCCCUUUCUUCAUUAAUUUCCCCAAACUUAGACCCGACUGCGAUAAAAGCUUUAAUUAAAAUAAUACCAUUUAAAUUUUAAAUUUUGAAAGAACGUGUUUGUUUUGCUGACUAAGAUAACCAAUGUGAUGGUCAUGUUGAUCUGGUUUCAAAAGUUUGAAAUAAUGCAAAUUACUCACUGAGGAAGGAACAGGCCAUCUCCAGAGCUGAAUUUACUGUAGUGAAAGUUCCAGAAAGGAAGGAAACGGAAUCUGUCGAGGAGAAAGAAGAUAAAUCUAUGAUGAUGCUUCAGUUGAAUCUGUAGAAACCGAGAGAGGCACAAGUUUUAGGCAAAUGACACAGUAUCACACACGUAUUAGGCCUAGACCCCAAACACUGAGCAUCUGAUUGGCUGGCUUUUUAGACAAGCAGAGAAGAAUUAGUAAAUGCCUGGCAAAGAACAGGAUGAUUAUGUCAAAUGCCCAGGACCAGCAGAGGAUCUACCACAAAAAUGCUCCAAGAAGAACCUCUCUCCUCACACACUAGUAUUUAAAACCAUUCUUUUCCCUUCUGUGUAAAUGCCACCCCUGCUGUCUGCCUCUGACUUUUGAUUGGCGUCACUAGUCAGGGUUUUUGGUGCAUCUUCGUGGAUCCCAGACCUUCUUGAGAUAGUGUAUCACAUUCAAUUAUGCAUAAGUAAACAUUAACAAUAGUUUUAAAAAUUGCUGUUUGGUUGUCUUAACUCUGAUCAUAAUUAGUUUAGGGGAAAAUGUGGAUGGAAGGCAGGCAGUGUGUUAUAACAGCGCUUCCAGGGGUCAGGGAGCCUAAUAUUCUAAGAUUUGUCAAUGGGUUUAAUAUGUGGGCUACUUUACUGCUUAUUUAAAUGUAGACCAGAGCCUGUCUAACAUACCUAAAAAUAGCUGCCAAGGCAAUUUUUUUUUCCAGUACUUGACUAGUAUCAUUUCCCUUCAAGUUGGCAGAAAAUUCCAAAUAAUAUUUUAAGAACUAGACUGAUUUUUUUCCCGUUGCACAAAGGAUGACAGGAACUUCAGAGAUGCUGACAUUCUGAGGUUAACAUCUACAUGCUUGAGCUGUAAUGUUUGUGAGCUUGUGCUGUACUUAGUCCAAGUGACAUGUUUAAUUGAUUCUGUUUCCAAAGAUAGGUUCGGCUGAGCCUUCUAAACCAUGGGAUCUUUUUGUUUUUGUUUUUCAUUUUUAUUUCACACCUACCCAGUUAUGCAGCAAAGAAAACCUACGCUGAAGAUCACAGACUAGUUAUCAGAACUGUAUGUAUACCACGACUCCUCUACUAAUAAACAAAAAGCUAAAAGCA